AACGCCGUCCGCUCGGUGGAGGUUUGUCCCUAUCCGCUUUCCCUACUUCCUCCGAGGAUAAAAAAGUUUCUGCGUUUGUACCAACCUGCUGGUUCCAAAUGGUCUGCUCUAAGAGAUGACAUAAGCAGAUGUUAUUGGACUAGACAUGAACCAGGUGUCCACGCUGACCAGAACUACUGGAUUGAGGGAUGUGCCGGUUUUACGCCUGAAAAAUGAUGCAGAUCUCAGGGAAAUUUAUGAAUUUGGUCGGAAAUUGGGUCAAGGCAGCUUCGGAGCUGUUUAUGAAGCCACUCACAUUAACACACAGACAAAAUGGGCUAUUAAAGAGGUUUGCAGGCCAACGGCAGGAAGUACGAUGGUUGAGAUGUUGGAUAACGAAAUAAACAUUCUCAGACAAGUGAAUCAUACUCACAUAAUACAUCUAGAGGCAAUCUACAGCACAGCUGGGAUGAUUUAUAUGGUCAUGGAGCUGUGCAGUGGAGGCGAUCUGAAAAAGCUGCUGCAACAAAAAAAGUUCUUUACAGAGGACGAAACAAGGAAUGUAAUAUUUUGUUUAGCUGAUGCUGUUGUUUACCUUCAUAAAAAAGAUAUAGUGCACCGAGACUUAAAACUUGAGAACAUUCUUGUUAAAAAUUCGCUCGAUGAGGAUGAUGGCAGGAUCGAUAUCAAGGUGGCAGACUUUGGCUUGUCGGUGAAGACGGGUGGUGUAGGGAUUGACAACAUGAUGACGGAGGCCUGUGGGACUCUCAUAUAUAUGGCACCUGAAAUGAUGAGUGGUCGUGGUUACAGCCACUGGUGUGACGUGUGGAGCAUAGGAGUCAUUAUGUUCAUGCUACUGUGUGGGGAACCUCCUUUCAUUUCCAAGACAAAGGAAAACCUGCUUAAGAAAGUUCUCAACAAAGAAGUCAGAUUUACUCAACCCAUCUGGGACACCAUCAGUGAUGCUGCAAAAUAUCUCCUGACCUGCCUUCUGAAGGCGGACCCUGCCUACCGCAUGUCUGCACAUCAACUACUAGAGAACCCUUGGAUUACAGGAGAUAAUAGUGUGCCUUCUGGUCCGACCACUGUGCUGGAUAUGAUGCAUCACUACCUGCAACAUGAAGAGAGUAAUAAGAUUAAUUCAUGGACCCUGGCUCAGGAGAUCUCCUCGCUGACCUCCUCUGAGGACGUGCUUCAGCCAUCCCUGGCUUCCCUGGUUCUCUCAGACACAGACAGCAACUGUGAGAGCCAAACGAAGCUCAGCGCUGAGAGAAGCAAUCGCUCCUUCCCCAAUGCAGCAUCCACUAGACUGCCGGACCAUGGGAUAAACGGCUCUGCUUCACCGGGACCACCGACCACAUCUCAGUCCUAUUCGGGUGAAAAACACUCCACACAGCUGACUGCAAAGCAUCGGAGAUCUCAAGACAAGAAGGAACUCAGUGCAGUACAGAAACCUGCCUCAUACUCCAGCAUGGAUGACGGGGACUGGAAGAGAGAGGUCCUCGCGCGCUGCAUUGUGCAGAUAUCGCGGCGCCGGGCCGGUGACGGGCGCUCCUGUCAGCCGCUCCGCUACAUACUCUCCUCCGGCCGCUCACCUCGCAGCGUGAUGCCUGCUUCCCCUCUGUCAGGCGCCACUGUCCAGAGGACUGCGGGAGCACAGGCCAUCCGUCCGUCCGCCGCGCACCUGCCUUCUGCCAGACAGGAUCUGACCGCCCCCCUGCCACCAGGACAGCCCCAGAGACCAAUUUAG